AUGGAUUCAUUGGCAUCAUCUUUCAUGCAUAAUUUCAGCGGACAGCUGCUGUCUCGCGUUCUUUCAUUCGGCAUAAAUAUGUAUUUAUUACGACGAAUUGAUAGCGAUGCUUUGGGCCUUGUCAAUGUCAAUUUAAUGUUAUUUUACUCAACAACGAUUUUUCUGGUACGUGAACCAUUUCGGAAGGUUUUUCUUGCAAAUGAGAUACCAUUGUCGACUGUUAUUACACAUUUAUGGCUUGCCCCGUUAAUUUGUCCUUUGAUAGCCGUUCUAUUGUUUCUGUGUUUUUGGCUGCCUUUUUCUGCUGUACCAGACGCUUCAUUGGUACCAUCAUAUGCUGCAGCAUUGUCCAUAUUUGCAUUUUCUGCUUGGUUAGAAUCGUUCGCUGAACCUUAUGUUAUAUUGUCAUUACGAUUCGGCAUGGAUGCUCAAUAUGCAUUUGCGCAAGCUUUCCUGGUUAUAAUGCAACGAGUUUUUAUACUCAUUCUAGUUAUUUUGGUACCGAUGUUACCCGUCCAUGCAUUCUGCUGCGCACAGGUUUUGUCUUCUUUCUGUUACACAGUUCUGUGCAUAUAUCUGUUAGUUUCUGGCAUUCGGUCUGUCGCACCUGUUAAAGGUUUCAGCAUGAUGUCACUUUAUCCAAGUUUUCCUAAAGCCUUCUCAAAAGAGAACCGUUCGAUAUUGGGAGCUUUUACUAUUCAUUCUAUUUUCAAGCAGGUUAUUACAAAUGGUAAUGGCUACGUGCUUGCAUUCACGAAUUUCUUUUCCUUAUCUGAUCAAGCGGUUUUCGAUGCAGUCGAUAAAUUGGGCAGUUUGGUCGCACGUGUCAUUUUUGCACCGCUCGAACAUUCUGCUUAUUUGUAUUUCUCCACUCAUCUUCGAAGAGCAACUUCGGCGAAAGAUCGAAUAGAGAGUGAUGUAGAAGAAGGAGUUAAUGCAAUGAAUGGUCUACUGCAUAUUGUUAUUGUAGUUGGUACUGUAAUAUUUAUUUUCGCAAUACCCUAUUCUCCUCUUGUUGUUAAAAUAUAUGGUGGCGCUGUACUAAUCAAUAAUGCGGGUGCGAAUAUUCUGAGAUUUUACUGUUUCUAUCUAAUUGUCAUUGCAAUAAAUGGUAUCACUGAAUGUUUUGCUAUGGCAACAAUGAUCGAAGAGGAGCUUUUUUCACACAGCUGGUUUUUGUUCCUUUCGUCUCCCAUUCAGAUAUUUCUGUCUUCCUUCCUUUCAUACGCUAUUGGUGCAUAUGGUUUGAUACUAGCAAAUAUAGUCACUAUGCUGAUGCGAAUAGCCUACAGCUGGAAACAUAUUCGCCGAUUUUCAUGCGAUCAAAUAAGUUUUCUGAAGGCACUACCAAAUUUCUCAACAAUUUUAAUUCUUCUUUUUUGUCUUAUGGUAACUUCACUUUCCCUUCUGAUUUUCGGUGGAGUUGAUGGUAUAAUACACAACGUCGCACAUGCAACCGUUGGAUGUUCCUUAUUCAUUUUUGUUAUCAAUCACAUAUAUCAAAAUGAUUUGCAUAUUGCCAGAUUUCUAGGUGGUCAGUCACUGGGAGUUCAUGAUGACUAA